CCGCAGCGUGGCAGGGCGUGGCGGGAGAGGAGCGGAGCGGGACACUGACAGGGACACGGCCAAGGCCAUGGAUGCGGGUGAGGGGCGGCCGCAGCCGCACUUGGCCGCGCUGGUGCUAGCGCGGGGCGGCAGCAAGGGGAUCCCGCUSAAGAACAUCAAGCUGCUGGCGGGGGUGCCGCUGAUCGGCUGGGUGCUGCGCGCCGCCAUCGACGCCGGCGUCUUCCACAGCAUAUGGGUUUCUACAGACCAUGACGAAAUCGAGAAGGUUGCAAAGCAGUUUGGUGCUCAGGUCCAUCGCAGAAGCCCUGAAGUCUCUCAAGACUCCUCAACUUCCCUAGAAGCCAUCACAGAGUUUCUCAAUCAUCAUCAUGAGGUUGAUAUUGUAGGAAAUAUUCAAGCAACAUCUCCCUGUUUACAUCCCAGUGACCUUAUAAAAGUGGCAGAUCUGAUCCAGAAGGAGGGGUUUGAUUCUGUGUUCUCUGUUGUGAGGCGGCAUCAAUUCAGAUGGAGUGAAGUAAAGAAAGGAGAAAACAAGAUGACAGAACCCCAAAACCUGAAUCCAGCAAAGCGGUACCGGAGGCAAGACUGGCCUGGGGAGCUCUAUGAAAAUGGCUCAUUUUAUUUUGCCAAGAGACAUUUGAUUGAGAAAGGCUACUUGCAGGGUGGUAAAAUGGCCUACUAUGAAAUGCGUGCAGAGCACAGUGUGGAUAUUGAUAUAGACAUUGACUGGCCUAUUGCUGAGCAGAGGGUGUUGAGUUUUGGAUAUUUUGGCAAAGAGCCACUAAAAGAGGUGAAGCUCUUGGUUUGCAGUAUUGAUGGAUGCCUGACCAAUGGUCGCAUUUAUGUGACAGAAGAUCAUAAGGAAAUGGUCUCCUAUGAUUACAGAGAUAUUGUUGGCAUUGAUCUGUUGAAGAAAAGAGGAAUCCAGGUUCGACUCAUCUCUGACAGAGAUUGUUCAAAAACAUUGUCAGCCAUGCAGCUGGGUUGUGUAGCAAAAGUCAGUGCAACAAAUAAACUACAAGUCUUGAAGGACUGGCAGGAAGACAUGGGUUUGAGCUGGAAAGAGGUGGCUUACUUAGGAAAUGAAGAGUCAGAUGUGGAAUGCCUGAAGCAGGCAGGCAUGAGUGCUGUUCCUGCUGAUGCCUGUGCUGCUGCUCAGAAGGCUGCUGGUUACAUUUGUAAGAGCAGAGGUGGCUGUGGAGCUGUGCGGGAGUUYGCAGAACACAUAUUCCUGCUGUUGGAGAAAGUGAACUCUGCCAGGAAGCAACUGAAAGAAAUAAGUUCAGCAGAGAAGGAAAUGGGGAGAAAUGAGAACAGCAGGAAGGGAAAUAAGGAACUAAUGGAAAAAGAGUAACAACGUUUGUCAAUCCURCUUUUCUUCCUCUCCUCUUCCUCAGUAAAAACAUAUCCCAGAGGAAUGCUUACCUUUCAAAUUUUACGGCAUAGUAGAGUUUAAAAGGUGUCCAGGUCCCACAUUCAUGAUUAUAUGGUGAAAAUGUGAUCRUAUUUAUGAUGAUUUAAAAAGCCAUWUAAAUGCARUGGGARGAAUGUUACAAAAGAGUGCCCUGUAAGUCUACUCUUAAUCAUCAUAGCUGUCCUACAGGAGUGAUACGUCUUCAUUUCAUAAUCCGUAUGUGUUCAGGGAUCACUGAUUUUGCAUGACUUGAAUAUUUGUAAUUCAGGCUUAAAAAAACCAAACAAAACUUCUGUCAGUUUUGCUCACGUGGUUUUCAUUUGUUUUAUCAAAUGUCAGCAUAGUGUUAUGGUUGUGUGAUUGCAUUUUACUGGAUUUUUYCGUAGCAAGGAAGAGUUUUAACUUACGCUGGAGAGGUCAGGUGCAAAAUACUAUCAAUAAAACUUCCUCCUCUAUUUUUAAAAUACAAUGCAGUUACUGGAAAAGGAGUUAAUAUUAGUUUAAAAAAGCACUUGAGCAUGUGUUCGAUUUUAAGCUCAUAAAUAAUUGAAUUGCAUUUGGAAUUGUGCCUCUUUGAAUCUGUUUAUUUUGGGUUUUACUGCAGUGCUUAAAUUAAUAUUUUGCCAGAUUUGGAGUUAAAUUUCUGCUUGACUUUGAGAUCUUUGCAGAAACUCAGUUUCUUUCUGUAAAGACUUUAUUGCGACCACUGAUGAGUUAAAGCCAAACAAAAGUCUGUAAGUUUAUUGCAUGGAAAAGUAGAUGUUGUUGGAAAAAAAAAUAUUCAAACCAUAGUUGCUUGUGGUUUUACAUAAAAUAUAUAUACAGACUGCUUUGAGCAUGUUAAAGCUGGUUURCAUGCUUGUAUUUAUGGAAAAUAGGAUUUGUAUUUUAUGUUACAAAUGCAACAGCAUUUAUCAGUGAGUAAAGUUCUGUUUUGGGUUGUGCUAAAAAUAAAUAACCCAUGGUACACAGGCAAUUAUAAGUGAGGUGAAUGAUAAUGGCUCRUCACUUUAUUUUGUUUCUCUGCUAAAUAGACACUCCCAGUAUAAUAUCACCUGACUUACUGGCCUCUGAUUAACUUUGUGUUUACUUCCUUUCACAAAGCAAGAUUUUGAACUGAAAUUAUUUACUGSCUAUCCACAGUUAAGAGCUCAAUUGUUUACUGUACUGAUCAGCUCKAAGUCAUCAUUUAAGUGUCUCCUUCCUCCUUUCAGUCACAUUUUAGGGUUCUGUGCUGGAYAAAUCCCAUGGACUUUGACAAGAGGAGAGCCACAUUUUGGACAUCAAUGUUUUGACUCUCAUGUAUUCUUGUUUAGAAAAGCAUGAUAUAAUCUUACAUUGGAAAGAAUAUGAAGGAUAAGAGAACUCUAGAGACUACCAAAAAAAAAUACAGGAUAUGCAUGAUCUGCUGUCGUAAACGUUCAGAUUUCUAUCGCCCGCACUACAGUGGAAAGACUAAUUACAGAGUAAUUACUGCUCUUGUUUUUGUGGAAGAGUCUCAAUCAUAUGAAGGAUUUAGGGGUCAGAGAGGCAGAGAUAAUGAGGGUAACUCUGUCACCUURAAAGUGAAGUCCCAGCUCUCAGGAAAGCAUCAAAUGUGCAGAAUAUAUUUUCAAUGCCUGUUCCAGUACAUGUGGCACCACAGCUGCCUUUCAUCAGAGGGGUGUUGCUCACUCAGAGUGGAUUUCAGUGGUCUUAUACAGUUUUCUUAUACUGGGCUAGUUUUGGAAUCAUAUUUUGGCCAUGUGAGCACUUCUUUUGCUUUAAAAUACAUAGUAUAUUCCAAAGAAGAUCUUAGAUCAUGUGAGCUGUUCUAUCAUGAUUAUGUGAAAUGAAAAAGAAAUGAAAUUAUGUAAAUAUUUUCAAUAAACUAUUAUGAAAAAAUAGCUGAUAACCUCAAAUUUUAAAUA